ACGUGCUCGGUAAUGUCCAGUCGACUUCGCAACACGAUCACGCCUAUUCACACCUGACUUCUUUCCGUACUUGAGCAGCAACUAUCCCUCCGAAACAAACCAUCUUCCCCAGAAUCUGCUUCUCCUCGUCACGGGAGAAAACAAAAAAAGCUCCGGCACCAGCGCCUUCUAGAGGUCCUAUAUAUACCGCCUCCGCGCCCCCUCGGUCUCCUCCGGUCUCACCGAGUCCCCGUCCCAAAACAAAUCAAACCGAACCAAACCCCGCUACCUCCCACUGCCGUUGCGGCAUUUCCCCGAACACCUCGCGCGCGCCCGCCUCACCCCACCGUCGCUUCCUCCUCCGCGCCGCCGCGGGGAUCUCGCGAACACCUUCCCGCACGCGUACGCUCCACGCUCCGGGAUGGUCGAACCCGCCGCUAGCGCUGGAGUAGCCGCCCUGCGCAAGGAGGCGGAGGCGGUGCGCGCGCUGGACCGCGACGGCCACCACGACGAGGCACACGCGCGUCUCGACGAGCUCGUGGACAGGCACGCGGGAUCGCCCCUCGUGCUCCACCUCGCGGGCCUCUUCCACCAUGCCGCCGCCAGGCGCGCGAAAGACGAGAAAGAUCUCGCGGCGCAGCACCUCGUCAGCGCGGAGCUCUACGUCACCCUGGCCAAGCGGUUCGCCCCCAACUGCAUCGAGAUCUCCGCCCUCCUGGCCAGGGUGCUGUUCGAGGCGUCCAAGCACGAGGAGGCAGAGGCCGAGAUCCGCCGAGCCAUCGAGAUUCCCUGGCCCGUCGACCCGGCCGAGAACAACGUCGUGUACGACGAGGAGAGGUGCGCCAACACCACCAGGGACCAGCGGGUGGAGAACUCCAGGGAAAUGGCUACCUUGUUCUUCAAAGUCAUCGGGGACUGGGUCUGCAAUAACUAUGUCCCCGCCGUCGUCGGCAAGGUACUUGAAGUCGAGCUCGACGCCGACGAUCGCGAGGGGGCGGCACAGGCGCUCAAGUCGGCAAAUGACCUCGCGAAGCGUUACCCUUACUCGUCGCGCGCGCAGUUGUUCCGCGCAUACAUGAAGCUCAAUUUCGCGCGCGGCCUUGACGCGACCAUGGACAGGAGGCCCUUUCUGGAUCGCAUCCGCCGCAACAUGAACGAAGCGGCAAACCUCUUCGAGAGCUCUCUCGUGCUCGCCAUAUUCCGUGCAAAGCUCUGUUUCGUCCUGGGUUUGUAUGGGGCUGCGUACCUUGAGUGCGUUCGGGGGUUUAACACAGGGGACCCUGUUGACCCCAAGUUGGAGGACGUGCCUCCUGGGUCUGUAGAUGGCGAGGAGUGUGCUGAUAGGUUAUCUUCCAUCUACACAGAAUUCGCACGCUUAAUCCGGAGAGUCGUGUGGGUUGUCAAGGGUUCCUGGGACUCCAUGACAAGCGCGCAGCAGGACAGCUUCCUAUCAGUGAGACUCUUUGAGCUGCGUAAGUACUAUGAUGAUGUUUACGAAGAUGACCACUGGGCUGCAAGGACCAUAUCUGAUGCAAUGACCUUUGUGAAGAAAACCAGGUCAUGGAGGUUCUGGAUUUGCCCUUAUUGUGUUGGCAAAAAGUUACCAGAUACAGAUUCCCUCUUGCGACACAUGUGCAGCAAACACCCAGCAGAGAAAGACCUGCCGAAGCUGCGGACAGUCUUAGAACCAAAGGGUACAUCUGUGGAUGAUAAUUCUUUGGAUGAGAUAACUGUUGGUCAAGAUUCAGAGGACCAUUACUUUUUCCAUUUCAAAAAGAAGGAUUAUAUAUUUGAACACUUGUUUCUAAAGCCAUCUACAGUAAGUGAUGAAGAGUCAUUUGCUAAAAUACGAGAGGAGAAAAUCAAAGAAGGAACUGAGAUCCUAGAGAAGAUUAAGCAGAGGUUGAGGAAUUUACCCACAGACAACUUAAGUGCUGAGUUCUAUAAGGCUCGUACUGAAAUCCAAGACUUGUGGCAUGAUUUUCUUGCGAUUUCUUUGUUGGAUUAUCGCGUAGUCAUCUUGCCCCUGGUGAAAUCAUUCCUAUGGGAAGAAUUGAUAAAAUUCACGAGUGAUGAUAAGACUGCCAGUAAAAGUAUUAGCAAUGCUGAUAUUGAUACGGUGUUCCCUAGUGUUCUUUAUACCCCUAACAUGGAUGCCAUGCUGGAACUUACCUACAAGCUCUCGGAUGGAAACAAGGACCAUGAAAGUGGAGAGGACCAAGAAACAGUAAACAUUAAGGAUGAAUUUAUAAAAUCCACGAGUGAAGAUAAUGCUGCCAGCAAGAGUAUUGACAAUGCUGAUAUUGACACGGUGUUCCCUAAUGUUGUUUAUGCCUCUGGCAGCAAUGCCAUACUGGAACAUACCUAUAAGCUUUCGAAUGGAAAUAAGGACCAUGAAAGUGGAGAGGACCAAGAAACAGAAAACAUGAAGCCUUCAGGUUUAGACAAGACACUUGUUGAUGAUGAAAAAGGUGAAGAAAGGUGCAGUGAGGAUCUUCUUGAAGAUCGCAAUUCUGAGACGCUGAUAGAUAAAAAAUUAUCAGAUCCAACAAUUUACAUGGAUGGAAGCGGGAAAUCAGCUGCAAGAAUUGCAACUCUGGAACGGAAUAAGAAAGGAACUUCUGGCCAAUCUGUUGGGAAAAUGGCAAGCAACUUCCUCUAUCAACCAAGUGUUAAUAUUUUCAACCACAAAAAUGCUGAGAAAGUCCUGUCUAGUUUGCGUGUAAUCAUACAGUCAUUGUGCAAUUUGAAGCAUUUGAGAGAUAAAUUCCUAAUGGGGGAACUUAAAUGGGACCCGUCUAGCAACAACCCCUGCAUUGCUGACUUACUUUAUGAAAUCUUCUUUGCUUGGGAAAGAUAUGAACCUUACCCGACAGUCGAUGUGCUGACUUCUGUGAAGACCAUUCUAUUAAGACUUGCAGAUGACAGCAGUAUAUAUGAAAAGGUUGGUGAAAUUUUUGCUUCCGAGACUGUGGUCACAAUUCUAAUUGGAUUGCAUAUGUCAGAUACUUGUUCGAGUUUUAGUUUCAACACUGAGAUCGGGGGAAAUGUAGUAAACCCGAUCACAUGUGGAGCUUGCAUAUGCCCAACACAUAAUCUUUUUGGGAUCAAUUUCAAUGUGCAAAUGAGCUGCAGGUGUGGCAAGUGUUCAGACAAAUACCUAUAUACUACGCUUUUCCAUAUACUUGAUGCUGGUUCAGCUCAAACAACAAAGAUCAAGUCCUUUUCAGAGCUUCAGUUUCUAUUGGAUGAGCAAUUCUGUGAGGACCACAGCUGCAAGAAUUGCGGAAUUAUAGAGAAUGUCGAUCUCUUCCUUUCGAACAUGCCACAGUUCUUUACAAUAGUCUUGAACUGGGCCAGUGGCAGCAGAAGCCAGGACACUUUCUCUGAAGUGCUGGCUGGUAUUACUUCUCCCCUUGACGCUGAUUUCUUUUGCAGAAGUGCUCAUUCUGCAACCAAGUAUGUUGUUACCUCAAUGGUUCCAAAAAGGAGGAGAAAACAAUGAGCUAUUUGGUAUUGGUUGAUAUACAUUACCCUGAGAGUUAUUCGUCUCUUCUUCCUUGGCUGGUGCUGGUUGCUACCUUAAUAUUGGGAUCUGCAUGAUGCACCUUUACUGUCAGUAUUGAUGUUCCAUUGUACUUACAAGCUGAGAGCCAGUUUGUAUUACUCUAAGACUGGAGCGAGGUUCCUGUUUUUGUAAAUGGAGCACGGUAUAAAUGGCAUGGUUACCAGAUUUAAAUUGGCUAGGUUACCUUGAUAAGUUAUUUUUCUGCUGUUUCUAAAGAAGUGGAUAAUGGGUUCAAACUGUGAUGCAUCAUAAAUGAGGUGGUCAUAUAAUACUUGGGGUGAUAGUUCCAAGUUGUCAAAUGGUCCUAUCUGUGACAUAUAUUCUCCCGUCUACUUCUCUGGUAUAAAAUGUAUGGAUCAUUCAAGACAUGAAUUUGGUGAUAAUCGAUAGCUUGUGUGAUCCUGAUGUUGCUGAA